AAUCAAGCCCUGUAGUGGGACUCCGUGUCUCAUGGAAUUCUAGACCUUGCUUUCCACUGUUGAUAUCGACUGUAGAAAGCAACUGUCAUGUUUUGUGGCACUCUGUGUCACAGUCAACUACGCUUCGGGUAUUUUCGGCAAUGUACUAUCUAAGAUGAAAGUAUCUCAUAAUUUUUUAGUAAUAUCUAGUAACUUUUAAUUUGUUAUGUUUAUGUUUGUGUCGCAUUAGCUUUUUUGACAUUGACUGUAAUUAACCUGUGGCAGUGUUUUAUAUAUGUUUGAAACCUUGGUCUUAGUUUUUGAUUGCAUAUUUCACUGUUGAAAGAUAAUGGCUCUAGUACCUAUAAACAUUGAUAUGAUAUCUGCAUCGAAAAUAUGGAGAGGAGAUUGAUGAGAAAUCAAAGUGAUCCCUUUUCACUUGAGGAUGUGAGAUUCAAAGAAUUGUUCAGGCUGAAUAAAGACAUGGCCCAAUAUGUUUUAAAUGGCAUCAUACCUCAUUUGAACCAGGUGCCGAAUCCUGUAGCAGUACCUGUUAUCCUGAAGUUUUUUGCUGCGCUUCAUUUUUAUGCUACUGUCACUUACCAAAGAGUGAUAGGCAGGAGCUAUGACAUUUCAAUGUCUCAGCAGAGUAUUUCAAGGGCUAUUCAUGAAAUAACUAAUGCUAUUAUCAGUACAUUUUCUGAACAACUGGUACACUUUCCAAGAACAGCGUUAGAAAAACAUGUAAUUAAGCAAAGGUUCAUGGAAGCAAGAGGUUUCUCUGGGGUAAUCGGAGCAAUUGAUUGCACACAUGUGGAAAUACUAAGGCCAACUUUGGAAGAGCAUAACUAUUUGAACAGAAAGUGUUACCAUUCCAAAAAUAUACAAAUUGUUUGCAGGUGCAUCUCAUGAUUCAUAUAUAUGGAGAAAUUCAUUGGUGAGGAAUGAAUUGGAAGCUUGCUAU